CGGGUCGGGGUGGGUGAGAGAGUCAUGUCAGAGUUUUGGCUGAUCUCAGUUCCGCUGGACAAAGCCAGUUCUCAGUCUUUGGAGAAACUCAAACGGGCUGCAUCCAAAGCCGGCCUCGGCUCCAGCUUCAGAUUCCACAUCCCUGAACUGAAGGUGGGCACUCUGGAUGUAUUGCUGGGUGUGGCUGAUGACCUCUCCAGACUGGACUCAUAUACAGAGGGCAUUAUGAGGAAGACAUCUCAGUGUAUGGCGGAGGUCAUGGAGCAGUCCACUGACAAAGUCAUAGAGAACGCCCUGGCAAAUGGAGAGCACAAGGGCCAUCGCAGAGUUCCACAGUCACCCCUGAAGGUUUAUUUUCAGGCCUUGCGGGCACUUGAUAUUUCAGUGGACCUCGCUACAUAUGUGACAAAGUUCCAAUGGGACAGAGCCAAGUACCCCACUGCCCUGUCUCUAAAAACAGUGACCGAGAUUAUCUCCAAGCAAGUGUCUCAGGUGGAGAUAGAACUGAAGUCUCGUAGCACUGCAUACAAUGACAUGAAAGCCAAACUGCAUGGCCUUGAGCAGAAAAAAGAGGGAAGCCUGCAGACCCGCACUUUGACUGGCAUUGUGAAGAAGGAAGACUUGGUCCUCAACUCUGAGUAUCUGACCACUUUACUGGUAGUGGUGCCCAGGGUAAACAAUAGCCUGUGGGAGAACACCUAUGAGUCCAUGUCAGAGUUUGUGGUCCCUCGCUCCAGCAGGAAGCUGCUGGAGGAGGAGGAUGCUGGGAUUUUCACAGUGACACUCUUCAAAAAAGCUGUCAGCGAAUUCAAAGCCAAUGCCAACAAGCUCAAAUUCACAGUGCGCGAGUUCAACUUAGAGGAAGCAGAGAAGCAAAGGCAAGAGAUGAGCCGCCUUAUUGCGGAUAAGAAAGAACAGUAUGGAACAUUUGUGCGCUGGCUGAAGGUGAAUUUCAGUGAGAUGUUUGUGGCCUGGAUCCACAUCAAGGCUCUUAGAGUGUUCACAGAGUCAGUUCUCAGGUACGGCUUGCCGGUCAGUUUCCAGACUCUUCUACUGCAGCCAGAGAAGAAGCAUGCGAAGCGGCUGAGAGAGGAGCUCAACUCUUUAUUCAGGGAUUUGGACCCUACAGCAGCAGCCAGCAAACCAGAUAUGGGGGUUGACAUCCCAGGAGUUAAUGCUGGACAGCAGGAGUACUACUCCUACAUCUGCUACUCCAUCAACAUUAGUUUGCUGGACUCCAGCUAGCAGUCAGCUGUAUACCAAACCAAGAGACUAGUACCUUAUAUUCCUACAAUUUAAGCAAAAGCUCUAAAAUGAGAUACUGAGUAUUGGAGUUUUUGUGAUUGUACAGGUUUGUGAUCACACAGGUUUAAAUAAAAAAGGACCAAUAACUCAUGAAAGACAUUUACACUGUAUGAUCACCAUUUAUACAACAAGGAGGACUCAGAAUAAGAUUUCCAGUUUCCAUUUCAGCUAACAAGUGUAAUAAAACUCUAAACAGGUAAAGAUGCUCUACAAAUAAGAAUUAUUUUACAGCCACCAUCUCGUUUAUUAACCCAACAAGCAAUAUUAAUGAGCUAUUUUUGUGAAGCUGAACCGGCAGGGAUUUACAUGUAAACAAAAUACCAUGUCUUUCAGUUUCUGAAUAAAUAAGACUCCAUG